GACUGAGCCACGGCCCCAAAGAAUUAUUUUGUAUCUGCUAGUCUCCUUUCUGCUACCACAACUCACCCUUGUUUCCACAGGCAAUAGCUAAACUUUCUGAACUGAAUUACUCGCCAAGAGGCAGCUGGAAAAUCCCCAAAUCUGGCUCUUGUGUGCAAGUUCCCAGCCCCAGUCUGCCUCCAUGGUGUGCAUAUAAAUUUACACACCCUUGAAAAGUUUGAAAAACCACAACUUGCACCUACAAUCUUGGAUUUGAACUUCAUCCUGGAAGUAUAUGACAAGGAUAGAGUAGCUUUAUAGUAGUUAAAAGCCGGCAAGUACUUCGAGUGGAGUACUUUUCUUGGAUUGUAUCCAAGGUUUUUGCUUUGGGAAGAAACAGUUCUUAGUGGAAAAAUGAAUCUCCAAGACCUGUGCACUCUCUGAGAAGUAAGAUGAAGAUUGCCUAGCUUGCUGCCAAAUUUUCUCUUCUCUCCCGUGAAGGACUGAGGGCGUGAGGAGAGGACAGGAGCGAGCAGCACUGUGUUCCCCCUUCAGCAGCUGCCCCCCGACUGCCCUGUGACUGCAUCUGGCAGAGGCAGCGGCUCCUUGCAGAGAGCAGCAGCCAACACACUCUAAAAUCCUGACAUUGUCCCAACACAUCCCUCAAGAUUCCAACUUUUAGAGGCUCCGGCCACAGCCACAGACCCUCCUUCCAUCACAGCCCGCCCAGGACACCUCCCCUGAGGAGUGAGCGCACCAGCAGCCCUCACUGCCUGCAGAAUGUCCAACCAGGAUUUGAGUAUUGCAGCAAAGCUCAUCAAUGGCGGUGUGGCGGGGCUCGUGGGGGUGACCUGUGUGUUUCCCAUCGACUUGGCCAAGACUCGACUGCAGAACCAGCAAGGAAAAGAUGUCUACAAAGGAAUGGUCGAUUGCCUGAUGAAGACAGCUCGGGCAGAGGGAUUCUUGGGCAUGUACCGAGGGGCUGCAGUGAACCUGACCUUGGUGACUCCGGAGAAGGCCAUUAAGCUGGCUGCCAAUGACUUCUUCCGGCAGCUUCUGAUGGAAGACGGGAAGCAGCGGAAUCUGAAGAUGGAGAUGCUAGCUGGAUGUGGAGCAGGAAUGUGCCAGGUGGUAGUUACCUGUCCCAUGGAAAUGCUCAAGAUUCAGCUGCAGGACGCCGGGCGCUUGGCCACCCAUCCUCAGGGGUCGUCCGCAGCACCUUCCUCCUCUAGGUCCUAUACCACCGGCUCCGCGUCCACCCACAGGCGUCCCUCUGCUACUCUCAUUGCCUUGGAGCUGCUGCGCACCCGGGGCUUGGCUGGCCUCUACACGGGGCUGGGUGCCACCCUCCUCAGAGACAUCCCCUUCUCCAUCAUCUACUUCCCGCUCUUUGCCAACCUGAACAACCUCGGCUACAGCGAGCUGACGGGGAAGGCUUCCUUUGCUCAUUCCUUUGCAUCGGGCUGUGUGGCCGGCUCCCUGGCCGCAGUCAUGGUGACACCUCUGGACGUUUUGAAAACUCGAAUUCAAACCCUGAAGAAAGGCCUGGGUGAGGACAGCUACAGCGGCAUCACUGACUGUGCAAGGAAAGUCUGGACUCAGGAGGGACCAUCUGCAUUCCUGAAGGGAGCAGGCUGUCGGGCCCUUGUCAUUGCUCCACUCUUCGGCAUCGCCCAAGGUGUCUAUUUCAUUGGAAUUGGAGAGCGCAUCUUGAAGCUCUUUGAGUAGAUGUUGCGGGGACUCAAGUCCGUUGUACCUGGAACAAGAGGGCCCGCCGCUCUAUUUUGCCUUUAACUUGUAGUGCUACCUCAGUCUUGGAAGAAAGCACCUUCUUUUAGUAGCAGCUGAGUCUCCCCCAUCCUUCCCAUGUGCGUGCAGAACGACAGCCGCAUUCACUUCCUCUCGGGCUGCACCUACCGGGGGUCUUCAGAAGCCCCAACCUACUUCCUAACAAUGCUUGCUUGGGUUGGAUUAGUUGCAGAAGCUUAACAGUAGAGAUAGAAGGGUUGUUUCUAUAUUUCUAUUUCAUCCUCAAACUUAGUAUACUUGAGAUAGUUUGAGGAUUUUAGUAUUGUUACUUCUAAUUAAAAUGGAACAAAACUGACUUAGGGUUAGUUGAGCUCUGACUGACAAAAGCUAUAGGAACAGUGAGGCCAGCGUGAAACUAGCACAGCCUUCACCGAAGCCUCCACUGAGCAUCCUGGAUCCAGGUCACCCCAUCCCAAACCCUCCUCUGGGCACAGGCGCUGCCAACACCGUGUCCAUGAAACACUGAAAUAAAGCUGACUGGUUUGAAA